AUGGCUAUAAAUUUAGAAAAACAUAAACAAGACCUUGUAGCCGCGUGGAAAGAUGUUUUAGAUGAAAAAUCGGAGACUAAUUGGGCUUUAUUUGGUUAUGACGGGCUGACAAAUGAUCUGAAAUACAUCAGCAAGGGUGAUGGAGGACUUAUCGAGCUUAUAGAUGAAUUCAACAGUGGUAAAAUUCAAUAUGCCUUUAUAAAGGUUGACUUACCAGAUGGCAGUAUAUCAAAAUAUGUGCUUAUUAACUGGCAAGGUGAGGGUGCCCCAACAGUGCGGAAAGGCACAUGUGCAAACCACAUCAAGCAAGUGUCACAGUUCUUCACCGGUUUCCACAUGACGAUGCACGCGAGAACCGAGGAUGAUUUAGAUGAGAGACUUCUUUUGGAUAAAUUGGCUAAAACUGGUUCAGCAUUCAACUUUAAGUCGAGUAGGCACGAGGAACUCCCACCAAGUGGACCAGUAGGCACGUCGUAUAAGAAAGUUAAUCCAGUUCAAGAAAUAAAUUCUAAAGAACGGGACCAAUUUUGGUUGAAAGAAGAACAAGAAGAGAAGAAACGAGUGGAAGCUGAAAGAAAACGGAGAGAAGAGGAGAAGAAAAAAGCAGAAGAAGAAGUUAGAAGAAGAGACGCGUUGGAGGCGGCGAAAAGAGCUAGUGUUGAACAACCAAAGGGUGCGGUGGGCGCGGGCGCGGAGGAGCUGCGGCGGCAGCGGUCGGCGGAGGCGCGUGAGCUGAUCGGCGCGCGCACCAGCGCCGCGCGGCAGCUGUUCCAGCGCAACCUGGCGCAGGGGCAGCUGGCCGACAGGUCAAACUCUAUACCAGAAAAACCAGUUCGCAGUUCAGUGAUCGCUCAAAGAAUAAACACGUUCUCACAAAACACCUCACAACCGAACUCGCCUAGCCAUCUCAAAUCCCCCACAAACGUCACACCCACGUCCCCGACAAACACCUCCAAUACCAAUCCGACUAACACCCCCAACAUCCCCACGACCACAAACACCCCCACAACCCCAAACACGCUAACCACAUCAGUCGAACCACCAACCGAAGAACAAACAAAAACAAGUCCGCUCAAAAACAUAGACAAAAUAAAGAUGAGUUUAGAAAGUCCUUCCCAAAUACAAUACGAGCCUAUAAUAGAUCCAUCGGAUCUCAGUCCCAGUACUGAAACCGAGCCGGUGCCCUUCACCGAAUACGAGAACUAUCGAGACAUCGAUUUGAAGCAAAGCGAGCCGAUGAUCAAACAGAAUAUUCUGGAAAACGACAUGUUCGAUGCAUCGUAUUCGAGUUCGAAUGAGAAUGAUGAUGACGACAGCGAUAAUAAGUUCAGUACAAUCAAGCGGUCGCCGUACAGUAAGAACAACGAGGAGCUCAGUAGACAGAACACGGUCAUCGAGAAUGUUAAUUAUAAGAAGGAAAAUGGUACUACCACACUUGAAGACGUGUCUCCGGAGGGUUUAGAGGAGGAAGGCACGAUAUAUGAGGACCUGGACGAUGAUCCCGGCCUCGCAGCCAGGGCGCUCUACGACUAUCAAGCUGCUGACGAAUCAGAAAUAACAUUCGAUCCGGGCGAUAUAAUAACUCACAUAGAGCAGAUCGACGCCGGCUGGUGGCAGGGACUCGGACCGCAUGGAGUCUUUGGACUGUUCCCGGCCAACUAUGUGGAGCUACUGCCUUGUCACCCCCGU